UCAUAUACGAUGAUACAUAUCAACAAAUAAACGCUAGACAUACAAUAUGUGAAUAUGAUAUUGGAACAUUUGUGAUUAAACACGACAUUGUUGUCAAUAUUGUUGUAGUAAGAUACAUUGGAUUAAAUGAGUAGAUGUGUUUGUGUGAACAGAGAUACCGUCACACCAAUAUGUCACACUGUCAAUCAGUGUUUUACUGCAGUUAAUACAUAUACAUGCAUAUUUGUGGUGCAUUCCACAGGUGAGUGGACAUGAUCGAUGUUGCUAUGCAUUUCUGGUAUUUGCCGACUACUUUAGACAGAUAGGGAGUCUGAAAUGAACAAAUGGAGACAAACAUUAAUUACUAUGCAAAUGUAUUGGCGGUAUUGACUUUUAGCGAUCUUUGAGAGAAUUGAAAUGCGAUUUGAGUCAGCUUACCCCAUUAUGAAUGUAAUGAUACAGUGAAGGUCGAAGUAACAUAAACGCAACAGGAUACAAUUUAAUCAAAAUCACGCACUCAUUAUCUUAAAAUUAACCAUUUGAAGAGAAGUUCACAUGUAUUUAAAGUCUUAGUGACUUCAUGCUGUAAAAUUUAAAUACAUACAUCUAGGUAUAAAUUCUGUCGAGUCGCUCCUGGCUAUGUAGUAAAAGUCAUUGGCGGUAUCGACAUUUUAUUUGAUGGUUUAAGCAGUAUAAUGGACCUAAACAUAGAAGGAUGAAAUAUUGAGCGGAAUUAUUAAUUUUCAAUGCAUUUGUUGGAUAACAGUGUUCAUUCAUAAAAUGUCGAUAUCAGAAGCAGACGAUUGUAGUCAUGACGAGGCCGCAAAACUUGUUUUAGAAAAUUCAAAUAGUGAUGGAAAAACUAAUCGUAAAAAGAUUAAGGAACGAAAAUCCGUUCGAAUAAGUGACGAUGAAAUAACGUUUUACCCCUCCGAUAGUGGAUACAUUACAAGUAAAGGGGAAAAUACAAAUUUGUUAGACGAUUGGUCUGAGGAGGGAUGCACAAAUAUAUUAACAGUUGAGGAAUGGACAGAGGAAGUGUUGGGGACUGACAAUGUUCUCAAGGAUAUUACUAUUCCUAGCCAUGACACUAUUUUAAAGAAUAAAGUGACAUUCUGUGAUACUCCUAAAGACAACACUCCUCCUCAAGCCAGUGAGCAAAGUGUUGAACAAACGAUAACAUAUUCCGAGAUCCUGAUAUUAGACAGCCCUCCGGCUGGACAUAAAAAUAUAAAACGAAAUCCCAGUUUAGAAAGCCGGGAUAACCCAUUUGUUCCGGGAGGCAGUCUUGAUCAAGAAGCUUCGGAUAUCCUGAAGAGGGCUACGAUAAUUCGGGAUCAAUUUAUAUUAAGUGAACAAAGAAAAUAUAGUGAUAUAGAACAAAAUCCAGCACCCGAAAAUACCGAAAUUAGAAAUGAAGUAAACAAUACUUGUGAGAAUUUAAAUAAGGAUAUUAUAGAUGAGACUAUUCUACAACAAAGUACAAACAGUUCGCAGGCACUUCCGGAAACUAAACUAAAUGGCAAAACUAUAUUGACGGAUUCUCAGCCAGUGGACAUUAACCAGAAAGAUGGAACACUGGACAGGUCGGUGAAAGAUAAAAAGAAACAAAAAAAAUGUUGUAGUGUUAUGUAGCAUUAUCAUGGAAUCAUUUCGUGAUGCGGAUUUACAUUAGCUUCCAAUUUCACUUGCGUUAUCUGGUUUAAAAGGGAAUAUGCGCGUGAUGGUCCUGGAUGGUGAAGCGUGAAUCGAUGGAAGUGUCGUGCCAUAAACGAAUGGGAGAUAAUGUCUGGCUUCGCUCCGUCUACAAAGAGGUUAUGUGUUCAACUUAAUAGUACAUUCAUUAUUUAAUUACGCAUUUAAUUUAGUCUUCAUAAGAGUCACAAUACUAAUACAAAAUCCAGAGCUGUGAGUUUUAAACUUCUCAUAUACGUUACUUUCGCAUUUAGUAAACCAUUUCAUUGUAUGUUGAUUGCUGUAAAUUUCUUAAGGCAAUACAUGGACGGUGGAUUCACAAGAAGAAAGAGUACUUAAUAACUAUGAAAACUACAAAUAGCUUUCACAUGCAAAUUACCAAAUAUGGUGAAUCAAAAAUAUAUGUUGCUUAUGUUUAUUUCAAGUUAAAUAAAAUGAAAUAUAUUUUUG